CAUGUGUUGUGUAUUGAGAGGGAGUUUGGAUCCUUGCUCGUGGAUCGCGGGAAUUAAAAGGUUGUUUUCGUAUAAAACAGUGAUCGGAAAACUACAGCAGCGGGUUUGGACUUCGUCUUCGGGUUUGAUGACACCUCAGACGUGCGUUUAAUUUGAAGAACAUGCCUGAAAUCAAACUCAAGCAUGUUGUGUCCUGCAGCAGUGAGGAUCAUACUCACAAGGCGGACAACCUCUUGAGCUCUGACACUUACAGAAAGUGGAAAGCUGUAAAACCCGGAGAGAAGCAGAUUUCAGUGAUUCUUCAAUUUGAAAAGGAAGAGCAGAUUCACAGUAUAGAUAUUGGCAAUGAAGGUUCUGCUUUCAUUGAGGUCCUCGUCGGACAUUCCACGUCAGUCAAAGAUCAAGAUUUUGAGGUUCUGUUGGUCACGUCGUCGUUCAUGUCCCCGACAGAGAGCCGGAACGGCACAAACACAAACAGAGUGCGCUUCUUCGGCCCAAGCCAGCUGGUGAAGGCUACGGCACAGGAGAAAUGGGACCGAGUGAAAGUUGUGUGCACUCAGCCGUACAGCAAGACAAUGGCUUAUGGAAUCACCUUUAUAAAGUUUCACUCGCCGCCGGACGGCAGUGAAGAAGCGGCCACAUAUCCAGCUAAACUAACCAAACUGGGUCAGUUCCGGGUCAAAGACGAGUCCCCGUCGUCCAGCUCCAAUAUUCAGCCCGGCAGUCUGUUCUUCAGCCGAGAGAGCUCCUCUAAACCUUCCACGGGCCUUAAAGCGUCUCCUCAGAACGUCAAGCUGAGUUACGCAGCGGCCGCUCUGAAGACUGAAGGUCCAUCUGCUCAGAGUUCCAACAGCACCGCAUCACAGCAGGCUCCUGUAAAGAGAAAGUUUGAGUUCAGUAAAGAGCGUCUGGAUGCCCCGGGUCCCCCGUCCAAACGUCCCACUGGCUCAUCUGAACCCAGCUCGACGACACCCAAAUCUAAAGCAAGAACCAGUCUGAGUCCCAGCAGUAAACCUUCUCCAGGCCAGAAGACAGAAGAAACGAAGAAAGAGAGCCCUAAAUCCAAGCCAGAAGCAAAAGCCAAAUCCAAGAGUAAAGCUGCAGAACCGGUGGCUUUGAAUCGUGUCAUGGAGGGGGUGGUGUUUGUUCUGAGCGGCUUUCAGAACCCUUUCCGUGGAGAGCUGAGGGAUAAAGCGCUGGCCAUGGGAGCUCGAUACCGACCCGACUGGACCUCAGACUCCACACACCUCAUCUGUGCGUUCUCCAACACACCCAAAUACAGUCAGGUGAAAUCAGCCGGAGGAAUCAUCGUCAGGAAAGAGUGGGUACUCGACUGUCACAAACGAAAAGACAAGAUCGCACACAAACGGUAUCUGAUGGACGGAGCCGAGUCCAGUUCAGAGAGUGAUGCAGAAGAAGAGGAGAGUGAAGCGGAAACGGAGCGAGCGAAAACUCCAGAAAAGAGACAUGUGACCUCACAAAAGCAGCCAAUCAAGAAAGAGGAGGAUGAGUACGGAGGUUCAACCGAUGCAGAAGCCCCAGAGGAGGUGGAGGAGGACUCUGGCAUGGACACUGAGGAUGAGCUGAACAGGGUGGAGAUGGAGAGGAAGAGGAAAGGAAGCGUCGCUGACGUUAAAGACGAAGAUCCGUACGGCGGCUCCACUGAUGAGAACACAGACGCUGAGCAAGAGGAGGAUAAACCCAUCCCUGAACUGCCAGGUUUCCUGACAGGAAAGUUCUUCUAUCUGUACGGCACGUUUCCCGACAACCAGAAGAGACAACUUCAGCGGUACAUCAUCGCCUUCAACGGAGCUGUUGAAGACUACAUGAGCCAGAAGGUUCAGUUUGUCGUCACCAGUCAAGGAUGGGAUGAAUCCUUCGAGGAUGCUCUGACGGAAAAUGGAAAUCUGUGCUUUGUGAAGCCGUCCUGGAUACUGGCCAUCAACGACAGACAGAAGAUGUUGCCCUAUCAGCCCCACACUGUUGUACCUUAAGAAAGAUUAGCAUGUGUUGUAGAUUCCAGCUGUCUCAAGCCCCUCCCAUCAUUUACUCCUCCUUUGUUCGUCGCUUUCUUCUUUGUUGAACAGACUGUCUGAGUCGCUCUUAAAAUGAAAUGUGAUGGUGAUUUUUGUAUGGUCUUCUAAACAUCUCUCUUUGUGUUUCAUUCAGGAACUUUAUGAUAAUCUGUCAGCAAACGUCAACAUACGUCACGUGAUUCAGACUAAACCGCAGCUGAGAUUAAAGACGCGCUGAUUAAUAUUCAUGAGCGCUUCACCAGCCGUCCAGAAGUGCAUUUGAUAAGCUGUUAUGAAUCCUUUUAAAUAUUCAUUUUUACAGUCUUGGAUCAGAACACGUUCAUUCAUAUUCAUAUGCGAAGUGAAUUAUUGAUAGCUGCUCUAUGUUCAUACUGGUUGCCCUCAUUAGUCGCUAUAAACCCCAGACCUGUUUCAACAUCUGUAGGCGUGUCUUUACGAUGAAUAUUCAUAAUGUCCUUGCUCAUGAAUGACAUCUUUAGAAGAAAAGCGCAUUCUCAUUGUUGUGUUUUUUCAAUGUCCUAAAAGUAUUUAAUAUGUUUCUGGCCUCAUUGUGUUUGUUUUGGAUUCUCUGUAGAUUCUCUUUGUUUUCUUGG